GGAGGAGUGAUGUGUCAAAAUGAAGAAGAAGGAAACACUUCCGUACAGUCAGUCUAAGGCUCUCUGAAGUAGCUAGAUUCAGCCAGAAAAUGACUAAAAUUAAAGACAAAAGACGCGAGAAAACCAGUGUCGCCACUGAGAUAGACCGUUUGGAGGAGCGGCGAACGCGAUGCAAAGACAACCUGGACAGGGUUGAGUUCAGGAGCAGAAAGGAGAAGCUCUCUGAGAAGGACAGGCAGGACCUGGAAGAUGAAAUGACCAUCAUUAAUGAGAGGGUGCUAAAGUUAGACAAGGAGCUGCAGACGUUAAGAGGAGAGAAUCGGAGGAACAUGCUGAUGUCAGUCUCUCUGCUGGUCAUCAGUGCUCUCUUCUACUUUGUGUUUUUCUACAAUGACGAGGACUCAUGAUACUAAAUGCUGUCAUAAAGGGACUUUUUGCUCUUAAAAGCCUCGGGACAGUGCUGUGAUGAGGUCAUGAUUGUGUACACACUUUCUGUGUUGAGGAAACUCCUCUGUUCUGCCUCUAGAUGGCAUCAUUGUCUUAAACUUUUCUGGUCGUCAUACUUUAUUCAUCCUGAGCCGUCAGAACCCACCACAGCUUCUUGGACCAACACAUAUGAUAAUUGUGAAGUGAGCCAUCAGUUUUGUAUUUUCCUCAGCAUGUACACUUGUAAUUUUUUUUAUCUAUAUACAACAUUUUGUCACAUAAAUAACUUAUCAAAUAUAAAGUUAAUGCCACAAAUAAACACCAAAGUAAUAAUGCUUUUAUACAAUAUGUCAAACUAAAUUGUGCCGAUUUAAGUCUGAUUUAGCUUUUCAGUCACAUGUAAACACGUGUGUGAUAACGGAGGUUGCAUGUCACGUGUCAAAGUUAAUGAUAGAAAUAUUUGAUACAGAAUGUUUUCUUGUUACAUUGAAUAAAACCUAAAGAAUGCCA